UCCAAUGCUUGCUUGUAUAGUUUUUAUUACUCGUCUUUCGAUUUAAACACAACUGGACCGUAUUAUACAUAGAAACAUAUAAUGUAAUAAAGACGAGAGGUAUUUGCAUGUGGAGAUGAAUAGGCCAAGUUGGAGUUCUCAAACAAGAAGCUCUAGAACCACGACAUAAGCCAAGUUGGUGAUUGUAGUUAAAAACAUCAUUUUAUCAAUAAAUGCAAAUGAAAUUUCAGAACUUUAGCAUUUUAGAAUUUUAUGCACACUAAAUGUGUUUAUAAGGGAAAUGUCGUGUUGUGGAGGAUAAAUCUCAAUAGAUUAGAGGUUGUUGCACGACAUAUGUUAUGCUCAAGUUGCCUAAGACUUGUUAACAAACAUAGAAACAGAAGAAGACAGAAACAAAGACAAAGGGAGUUAAAGAUGGAAGUGGAUGCAUUUGUCCAAAGUGUGAAAGGUUUCAACUUUGAACCAUAUUACUCUGUUUUUUAAGUUUGUUCCCAAAAUACCCUUUUCACUUAAACACCCCCACUCAGACCAUUCCUCUCUCUGUCACUGAUUCAACACGUGGCCACCCGGAUGGGACCCACCAUUCCCCUCCCGGUUUAUAUAAACGCUCAACACUUCAUCGCUCUCAAACCAACUCUCUCUUCCCUUCUCCACUUCAACAGCAAAGUAAAAAAAAACAAGAGACUUUACAAUUCUCAAAACAGAACGAUCACUUUUUAAGCACUAAUACUGAUCACGCAUACUUAAAGAAAUGGCUUCUUUCACGGCGAAUACGGCGGUUUCUCGGAGAUGGCUCGGUGGUAAUCAUACUCAGCCGUCAUUAUCAUCUUCUCAAACCUCCGACUUGAGUUAUUCUUGCUCUUUGCCUAUGACAAGCCGUGUCCAACGCAAGCUCAAUGUUUCUUCCGCGCUUCACACUCCUCCUGCUCUUCUUUUCCCCAAGCAGUCCUCAACCUCUCCCGCCAUUGUUGUUAACCCCAAAGCCAAAGACUCCGACACUAAACAGAUGAACUUGUUCCAAAGAGCAGCGGCGGCAGCCUUGGACGCGGCGGAGGGCUUCCUCGUGAGCCACGAGCGACAACAUCCACUCCCUAAAACCGCCGAUCCUAGUGUUCAGAUCGCCGGAAACUUCGCUCCGGUGAACGAACAGCCCGUCCGGCGUAACCUCCCGGUGGUCGGGACAAUACCGGAUUCCAUCAAAGGAGUGUACGUGCGGAACGGAGCUAACCCGCUUCACGAGCCGGUGACCGGUCACCACUUCUUCGACGGAGACGGGAUGGUUCACGCCGUUAAAUUCGAAGACGGUUCAGCUAGCUACGCUUGCCGGUUCACUCAAACAAACCGGUUCAUCCAGGAGCGUCAGUUGGGUAAACCGGUUUUCCCCAAAGCCAUCGGCGAGCUUCACGGCCACACCGGUAUUGCUCGUCUCAUGCUAUUCUACGCCAGAGCUGCAGCCGGUUUAGUCGACCCGGGACACGGAACCGGAGUCGCUAACGCCGGUUUAGUCUAUUUCAACAACCGGUUAUUAGCCAUGUCGGAGGACGAUUUACCUUACCAAGUCAGGAUCACUCCAAGCGGAGACUUGAAAACCGUUGGCCGUUACGAUUUCGACGGGCAGUUAGAAUCCACAAUGAUCGCCCACCCGAAAGUCGACCCGGAAUCCGGCGAGCUAUUCGCUCUAAGCUACGACGUCGUUUCAAAGCCUUACUUAAAGUACUUCAGAUUCUCACCGGACGGGACUAAAUCGCCGGACGUCGAGAUCAACCUCGAGCAGCCGACGAUGAUGCACGACUUCGCGAUCACGGAGAACUUCGUCGUGAUCCCGGAUCAACAAGUCGUGUUCAAGCUCCCGGAGAUGAUCCGCGGCGGCUCUCCGGUGGUCUACGACAAGGAAAAAGUCGCGAGAUUCGGAGUUUUGGAUAAAUACGCCGGAGACUCGUCGGCGAUCAAGUGGAUCGAAGCGCCGGGAUGCUUCUGCUUCCACCUCUGGAACGCGUGGGAGGAGCCGGAGACAGAGGAAGUCGUCGUGAUCGGCUCCUGCAUGACUCCGCCGGACUCAAUUUUCAACGAGUCCGACGAGAAUCUCAAGAGCGUCCUCUCGGAGAUUCGCCUCAACCUCAGAACCGGAGAGUCCACUCGCCGGCCGAUCAUCUCCGACGGGGAAGAGCAAGUCAACCUCGAGGCGGGGAUGGUGAACAGAAACAUGCUCGGCCGUAAAACAAGAUACGCUUACCUCGCUUUGGCCGAGCCGUGGCCUAAAGUCUCCGGCUUUGCCAAAGUCGAUCUCUUUACCGGAGAAGUCGAGAAGCAUUUAUACGGCGAUGACCGUUACGGUGGAGAGCCUCUGUUUCUCCCAGGAGAGGGGGGAGGUGAAGACGACGGUUACAUCCUCUGUUUCGUUCACGAUGAGAUGACGUGGAAGUCUGAGUUACAGAUAGUUAACGCCGUUAGUUUGGAGGUUGAAGCGACGGUUAAACUUCCGUCAAGGGUUCCGUAUGGGUUUCACGGUACAUUUAUCGGAGCUAGUGACUUGGCGAAGCAGGUGUAAAUAUAAAACAUGGAUACAUAUUAAGUGAGAAGCUUCUAGAAGAAGAAGAGAGAGGGAUUUUACCAGUGGGAUGCUCUACAUAUACGUCCCCGGAAUCACCUCCUCUUGUGUUUUUUUUUUUCUGUUUCUUUUUAUUUGGGGUGCGGUUUGUUAGUUCCCUUUUUUAGGGGGUCAAUGUAGAAAUAUGAAAGAUUUUGAGGGACCAGCUUGUAGCUUUUGGGCUGUAGGGUAGCCGUUCGAGCUCAGCUGGUUUCUGUUAUUCUUUCACUUGUUGUUGUUCAUAGUGAGAAGUAUAUAUUAUUAGAUGUAUUAAACAAAUAAAUUAUGUUUAUAAAUGUAUGUUUCUAAGCAAGCAAACAAGUAAACAACAUUAGAUUCGACUUCAAA